UCAGCGGCCACAGAUCGGCAGGCACAAGCAGGCAAGCAGAGUGAUAAUCAAAAGUAGUACGUGCCGUUGUCAAGGCAAGACCCGCACCAUCAUCUGAUCACCACAGUGGGAGGGGAGGGGACCGCUGCUGCUGGUGUUUCUGCGGCACACACGGGCAAUGCAAGCCAAUGCAGACCACCAGCAAGUGGCUGUUGGGGUGGAGAAUGCCACCACCAAUGGCACGGGUGACCAGGAGGUGCUGGUGGUAGGGCAGAGGCAUGAACAUUACCCUCUGCCCAUCAUUCCUGCCCUAUACUGCAAAGUGCUGCUCCUGGUUGUGCUUCCUGUGGGCGGCUUCCUCCUGCCUGUGUUCCAUGCUGACGGCUCAAAGAUGGACACCUUCUCUGGCCUCCAGUACCUGCAUGUGUGUCUGUGGGCCGUGGUCAUGCUUCUGACGUGGUACAUCAAGGGCGAACACAAGAACUCUCGCAUCCUGGGCUACCAUGACUUCUACAACUCCACCAGGCACCUCCACCGCACCACCUUCUACAUCAUGAGUGGAAGCAAUGUCCUCCUGAUGGUUCUUGGCUCCUUGGUGAGGGACUACUGCCUGGGCGGGGCCACAGCAAGGUGUAGCGUUAACAUCUCUCUGUCACCCGUCAACUACCAACAGAUCAUCUUCCUGCUGGAGGUGUUCAUAGCUGUUCCCUUUGUCAUCAAGCACAUUGUGAUGGUGGUGAGGUUCAACGUUGUUGCCGCACCCCCAGACACACUUGCCGAGGACCUUGCUCUCAGGCUAUCCGGCCCGGAGUCCUACGUCGGGGUCAGGGGCCCCAGCAGCCUGGAGUGGGUGCUGGAGAGACAGGCCGAUCUUCUGCAGGUUUUAAGGCAUCGCAACGCUCUCUUAACGCACCAGGUCUACACACUCACACAGCAGCUGGAGGAAAGCCAUGCCUAACACACACACACACACACACACACACACACACACACACACACACACACACACACACACAGCAAAGAGAGAGACAAUGUAAAGAAGGAGGAGGAGGAGGAAGGGAAGGGAAAGUAGGAAGAGAAGGAGGAGGAGAAGGGAAGGAAAAGUAGUAAUAGGAGGAAGUUGAGGUGGAUAGGAUAUGGAAGCCAGCAGGGAGAGAAAUAAUGAAAAGAAGGAGGAGGAGGAGGAAGAGAAGAAGAUAAAUACACACACACACGAACACACAUAUUUACAGGUCUGUGAAUCUAUGUUUUAAGAGUCUACUGUUGACUGAAAUCAUCAUGUGUAUAUCAUAGGUGUUACACUAUUCCUGUUGACAAGUUUUAAAAGAGUUGUUUGUUAGUUAAGGUAUCGGAAGAGUGGAAAUAUCUUGAGGUUUUUAAUUAUAGCUGUGAGUCAAUGUAUUUUUGUAAGAUUGCAGUGCAGAAUAUAUUAUGAUAGAGGAAAUAUAUUUGUAAUGCAGAAAUAAAAGAUUAUGUUGAAUGA